GCAGAGGCCCCAGAUUCAGCGCUCUUCUCCCUCCUCCCCCUCCUCCACGCUUUUUUUCCUUCUUCUGUGAUUCGAUCUCGAUGUAGUGAGUACUCUUCUCCUUCUCCUUCUCUCUCUUCUUCCUCUUCCUCUUCCCCCCUCCCUCCCAUUCCGAUCGGAUCUUGGAUCGAUGCUCCGUUCCUAACCCUUGUGUUUCUCAUAUCUAUCUCUCCUGAUCAUGGGAUCCAGCUAGAAUUCCGUGUGUGUUGUGUGGAGGUGUUGUUGUUCUUGCUAAGACCCUCAUGGCUUCUUCUCCUGUGAAGUUCUUCUUCGUGCUCCUUGUCGUCUGCACCAUCGGAUGGGUCGUCUUCAUAUUUGCUGCUAGGCUGUUGGCUUGGUUUUUGAGCCGAACAACGGGAGCAUCUGUGGGCUUUCGAGUUGCUGGUUGCAACUGUUUCAGAGAUGUUACUUUGAAAUUCAGAAAGGGUGCUCUUGAAUCUGUAUCUAUUGGUGAGAUCAAGCUUAGCCUGCGGAAAUCUCUUGUCAAGUUAGGCUUUAGUUUUAUUUCUCGAGAUCCAAAGUUGCAAUUGUUAAUAUCUGAUUUGGAAAUAGUUACAAGGCCUUCUGUGCAAGGAAGUAAGAAGGGUAAGUCUCAUAAGCCACGUUCUUCAGGAAGAGGGAAGUGGAUGAUCUUAUCGAACAUGGCACGCUUCCUAUCAGUUUCUGUGACAGAAUUGACUGUGAAGGUGCCAAAAGCAAUAAUUGAAGUUAAAGACCUGAAGUUGGAUGUAUCUAAAAGUGGUGGAUCAAGUCCAGUUCUUAACAUAAAAUUAUACAUAAUCCCUUUAACUGUGCAAAUAUGUGAUUCACGACUCAGUUAUGAUCAAUCAUCUAGUUAUAACCAGAUGGAAGGCUUGCUAAACUCUGAUCUAUCUGGUUCAGCUAUAAUGGAGAAAAAUUCUGCCCCUUUUAUUUGCGAGGAUCUGUCUGUUGCGUGUGAGUUUGGCCAUGACAGGGAAAGAGGAGUUAAAAUAAGGGACCUUGAUGUGAUAUGUGGUGAUGUCACCCUCAACCUGAAUGAGAAUCUCUUUCUGAAAAAUACCACCAAGUCAGGGACCUCCUCUGAUGUUGAUACUUCUGGAGGAGCCACCUUUGAUUCCUCUGUAGAUAAAAGGUCUCAGAAGAAGAAACUUUCAGUUCUUUCAAUGAAGAACCAUAUUUUGGCAUUUCCAGAGAAGGUUAGCUUCAAUAUGCCAAAGCUAGAUCUGAAGUUUUUGCAUAAGGGUCAAAACUUGUACAUUGAAAACAAUGUUAUGGGCAUCCAUUUCAAGAGCAGUAAAUCACAAUAUGAGGAUUCGGGGGAAACUACUUCUCACCUCGAUAUUCAAAUGGAUCUCAGUGAAAUUCAUCUUCUUAGAGAAGGCACAACUUCUAUAUUGGAGAUUCUUAAAGUUGUGCUGAUUGCGUCAGUAGAUGUACCAAUGCAGCCUGUUCUACCUAUUAGAGCUGAGAUCGAUGUUAAGCUUGGUGGUACCCAGUGUAGUCUUAUUAUGGGAAGAUUAAAGCCAUGGCUACAACUUCAUAAUUCAAAAAAGAAAAGAAUGGUUCUUCAUGGGGAGAAUGUUCACCAAGAACAAUUUCAAGCAAGUGAAGUGAAGCCUAUCAUGUGGGCAUGUACAGUCUCAGCUCCAGAAAUGACUAUUGUGCUGUACAACCUCGAUGGAAUGCCUGUAUAUCAUGGUUGUUCACAGUCUUCUCAUUUGUUCUUUAACAAUAUAGCCAAUAAAGGAGUUCAGGUGCAUGCUGAACUUGGUGAAUUACAUCUACACAUGGCAGAUGAAUAUCAACAAUUCAAGGAAAAUAUAUUUGGUGUGGAGACUACCUCAAGCUCCUUGAUACACAUUGAAAGGGUUAGUCUCGACUGGGGACAAAGGGAGAUUGAAUCCCAUGAAGGAUAUGACUCUGACAAAUUGCACCUGGUCUUUUCUGUUGAUAUAAGUGGAAUGGAUGUACAGUUUGGAUUGAAGCAUGUCGAGUCUUUUAUAUUUACCAUGAUGUCGUUUAAGGCCCUUUUGAAAAGUUUAUCAUCUAAUAAAAGAGUCACACAGAACAAAGAAGGACGCCUCAGAAAGACAGCAGCAAAAGGGUUUCGAAUGUUAAAACUUAAUCUUGAUAAGUGUUCGAUAAACUACUGUGGCAAUAUAAGUCUAGAUAAUGCAAUUGUUGCUGAUCCCAAGCGUGUUAAUUAUGGCUCCCAAGGCGGUCCAAUUAUAAUAAGUGUCAAUACUGAUUGCACGCCACGCAAUGCAAACAUAACUUCUUCUCUUCCCGAUGGCUGCAAGCAUCUAAAGUUUUUUACAUCUCUUGAUAUAUUCCAUCUCAGUGUUUGUGUGAACAAUGAUAAGGAGUCCAUGCAAAUGGAACUUGAUAGAGCAAGAUCAGUUUAUGAAGAACAUUCUGAAGAACACAAACCUGCCAUUAAGGUUAAUUUAUUUGAUAUGCAGAAAGGGAAGUUUGUCCGUCGUUCUGGAGGGCUUAAUGAUAUUGCUGUGUGCUCUUAUUUCAGUGCAACAGAUAUAUCAGUGAGAUGGGAACCUGACGCACAUUUGGCUCUCUUUGAAUUUGUCACUCGUUUGAGGUUUAUGCUACAUAAUCAGAAGCGCCAGAUUUCCACUAAUGAAAUAAGUAAAGAUCCCUUUGAUAUCCGUGAUCAUGAACUAGGGAAAGUAAUUGUUAUGGAUGAAUCUCAGCCUGAGAAGCAAUGCAGAAAAAGGGAGUCAGUUUUUGCUGUGGAUGUGGAAAUGUUAAGAGUAUCUGCUGAGCUUGCUGAUGGAGUGGAAGGAAUGGUUCAUGUGCAGUCCAUCUUCUCAGAGAAUGCGAAAAUAGGUGUACUUCUUGAAGGACUUAUGCUUAGUUUCAAUGGAUCCAGGAUUUUCAAAAGCAGCCGUAUGCAGGUUUCCCGAAUUCCACUUCCAACAACUAAUUCAGGUGACACAAAGGUGCAGUCAGCCACCUCAUGGGAUUGGGUUAUUCAAGGCCUUGAUGUUCAUAUAUGCAUGCCAUACAGACUACAACUGCGUGCUGUUGAUGAUGCAGUUGAAGAUACACUUCGUGCCUUGAAGCUUAUUACCAAAUCAAUAUCUUCUGUUCUUUUUCCUGUUAAAAUGGAUAAUUCAAAGAAGGGUAAGUCUAAGUCAACAAAAUCUGAAUCUGUCAGGUUUAUUAUACGUAAGCUUACUGCAGAUAUUGAGGAAGAACCCAUACAAGGCUGGCUUGAUGAGCAUUACCAGUUGUUAAAGAAUGAAAUAUGUGAGCAAGAUGUUAGGUUGAGGCUUUUGGAUGAGAUGAUCUCUUCUCACAGCAAUGAUAUUGGAAAUGUUGAAUCAAGUGAGCUCCCUUCUGAAAAGAAGUUAAAUUUUGAUGGUAUUGAGAUUAAUGUGCUUGAUGCUUCAGCUAUUCAGAGGUUGAAAGAGGAAAUUUACAAAAAGACAUUUCGGUCUUACUAUGAGGCAUGCCAGAAAUUUGUCUUUUCUGAAGGAUCAGGCGCAUGCAGCAGUGGUUUUCAGUCAGGGUUUAAAACUAGUACCAACAGAUCUUCACUUCUAUCUGUUUGUGCCACUGAGCUGGAUGUUAGUUUAACUAAAAUUAAAGGCGGUGAUGUUGGAAUGGUUGAGUUUAUAAGGAAGUCUGAUCCUAUAGCCUUAGAAAAUGAGAUACCAUUUUCUCGGCUAUAUGGAAGAGAUAUUUCUGUCAAUGCAGGAUAUUUGGCUGUCCGGUUAAGAAAUUAUACUUUUCCUCUAUUUGCUGCAACUUCUGGUAAAUGCAAAGGUUGUGUUGUUCUUGCUCAGCAGGCAACUUGUUUCCAACCCCAAAUAGUUCAAGAUGUUUAUGUUGGUAGAUGGAGAAAAGUGCAGCUUCUACGUUCAGCUAGUGGCACAACUCCACCAAUGAAAACAUAUUCUGACUUGCCAAUUUGUUUUCAGAAAGGAGAAGUUUCCUUUGGAGUGGGUUAUGAACCGGUAUUCGCAGAUAUAAGUUAUGCAUUUACAGUGGCUCUUCGUAGGGCAAACCUUAGCAUAAGAAUUCCAGAUUCUGGCUUAAAUAAUCAAAAUGUGUUGGGUUCUCAACAACCUACAAUUCUUCCUGGAGGUCAACCACCCAAAAAAGAGCGCAGUUUACCUUGGUGGGAUGACAUGAGGAACUACAUUCAUGGGAAGAAUUGCUUGUGCUUCAGAGAGAGCACAUGGAAUCUUCUUGCAACGACUAACCCAUAUGAAAAGUUGGAUAAACUUCAAAUUUUAUCUGGUUACAUGGAUAUCCAGCAAACAGAUGGUCGUGUAUUUCUUUCAGCGAAGGAGUUCAAGAUUUAUGUCAGCAGUCUAGAGAGUUUAUCAAAUAAUUGUAGUUUAAAGCUUCCACGCAAAACGUGUAUACCUUUUAUUGAUUCACCUGCUUUCUCUCUUGAAGUUGUCAUGAAUUGGGAAUGUGAGUCUGGUAAUCCCCUUAACCAUUAUUUAUAUGCACUUCCCAAUGAAGGAGGGCCAAGGCAGAAAGUUUUUGAUCCAUUUCGUUCUACAUCACUAUCUCUUAGAUGGAACUUCUCACUUAGACCUUUGCCACUGGGUGAAAAAGAUCUCAAGUCUGCUAUUGAAGAUAAUGCAAUGCUGGAUGGAACCAUCUAUUGUUCUUCACAGAAGAUGGAAAGCAGUUUGUCUGACUUCCCAACCUUGACCUUUGGAGCCCAUGACUUGGCCUGGAUAUUCAAAUGGUGGAACAUGAUGUAUAACCCUCCCCAUAAGCUGCGAUCUUUCUCUCGGUGGCCACGUUUUAGAGUUCCUAGGAUUCCCAGGUCUGGAAAUUUGUCUCUGGACAGAGUUAUGACAGAAAACUUUCUUCGGGUUGAUAGUACACCAACAUGUGUCAAACAUAUGCCUUUAGGGGAUGAUGAUCCUGCUUCUGGUCUGACUUUUAAAAUGACUAAGCUGAAAUACGAACUCUGUUAUAGUCGUGGAAAGCAAAAGUACACUUUCGAAAGCAAACGUGAUUCUCUCGAUCUUGUAUAUCAGGGUCUUGAUCUGCAUAUGCUGAAAGCUUAUUUGAAUAGAGAUAGUAGCAAAACUGUUCAAGAUAUUCAAACAGCAAAACAUAGCUUGCAGAAUGUACCAGCAGAUAAAGUGAGCAAUGAGAAGAACGGUUAUUUGAGUAGUUGCACGGAAAAGAACCAAGAUGAUGGCUUUCUUCUGUAUUCUGACUAUUUUACAAUUCGUAGGCAAACACCCAAGGCUGAUCCUAGUAGGUUGUUGGCAUGGCAAGAAGCUGGUAGGAAGAAUCUUGAGAUGACCUAUGUGAGGUCUGAGUUUGAAAAUGGUAGCGAGAGUGAUCAUGCACGAUCUAGUGAUGAUGAUGGAUUUAAUGUUGUAAUAGCUGACAAUUGCCAGCGCGUAUUUGUGUAUGGCUUGAAGCUCCUGUGGACCAUUGAAAACAGAGAUGCUGUUUGGUCUUGGGUUGGUGGAAUAUCUAAAGCAUUUGAACCGUCAAAACCAUCUCCUUCUCGACAAUAUGCCCAAAGAAAGCUGGUUGAGGGUUCAGUACCUGAAGGACCAGAAAUGCCUCAUGAUGACACAAUCAAGUCUUCCCCUUCUAUUUCUCAAUCUGCAAGUUUUUCUUCCCCAAAACAUGUGGAGGUUUCUUCACAGCUUCCAUCUUCAUCAUCUUCUACCAAGAUAGAUGUCAGUCACUCUCCCAUGAAGCUUGGACAUGUUGAUGACUCAGAAGACGAUGGGAUACGCCAUUUUAUGGUGAAUGUUCUUCAACCUCAAUUCAAUCUGCAUUCUGAAGAUGCUAAUGGUAGAUUCCUGUUAGCUGCUGCAAGUGGUCGUGUCUUAGCCCGUUCGUUUCAUUCAGUUCUUCAUGUUGGAUAUGAGAUGAUUGAACAGGCCCUUGGUACAGAGAGUGUUCAUAUUCCUGAGGUGGAACCUGAAAUGACUUGGAAGCGUGUAGAAUUGUCUGUCAUGUUAGAACACGUUCAAGCCCAUGUAGCACCAACUGAUGUUGACCCAGGUGCUGGACUCCAAUGGCUGCCUAAGAUAUUAAGGAGUUCACCAAAAGUAAAGCGAACAGGUGCAUUACUUGAAAGGGUAUUUCUGCCUUGUCAAAUGUAUUUUCGCUAUACAAGGCACAAAGGGGGAACUGCAGAUUUGAAGGUGAAGCCACUAAAGGAGCUAAAUUUCAAUUCUCCAAAUAUUACUGCUACUAUGACCUCUCGCCAAUUCCAGGUUAUGCUGGAUGUAUUAAGCAAUCUUCUUUUUGCGAGGCUUCCUAAGCCUCGCAAGAGUAGCUUGUCAUAUCCUUCUGAAGAUGAUGAUGAUAUUGAAGAAGAAGCAGAUGAGGUUGUUCCUGAUGGUGUUGAAGAGGUGGAACUCGCAAAAAUCAGUCUUGAACAAAGAGAGAGGGAGCGGAAGUUACUCCUUGAUGACAUUAGGAACCUAUUGGCGACCAAUAAUAUUUCUGGUGAUCCUUGUUUAAUGCCUGAAAAGGAUGAAGACAUAUGGAUGAUUACUGGUGGAAAGUCAAUGUUGGUCCAAGGACUGAAGAAGGAGUUGGGGAACAUUCAAAAGUCUCGAAAGGAUGCUUCAACUGCUUUAAGGAUGGCUUUGCAGAAGGCAGCCCAGUUACGAUUGAUGGAGAAAGAAAAAAAUAAAAGUCCCUCCUAUGCUAUGCGAAUUUCGAUGAGAAUCAAUAAGGUGGUAUGGAGUAUGCUUGCAGACGGCAAAACUUUUGCUGAAGCUGAGAUAAAGGAUAUGAUUUAUGAUUUUGACCGUGAUUACAAAGAUAUUGGUAUUGCUCAAUUCACUACAAAGUCAUUUGUUGUUAGGAAUUGCCUACAGAAUGCAAAGUCUGAUAUGUUGUUGUCAGCCUGGAAUGCUCCCCCCGAAUGGGGAAAAAAUGUCAUGCUCCGUGUGGAUGCCAAGCAGGGGGUUCCAAAGGAUGGAAGUUCCCCUCUAGAACUUUUCCAUGUAGAAAUAUAUCCAUUGAAGAUUCAUUUGGCUGAAACAAUGUACAGAAUGAUGUGGGACUACUUUUUCCCAGAAGAAGAACAAGAUUCACAACGACGGCAGGAAGUAUGGAAAGUUUCAACUACUGCUAGUUCAAGACGGGGGAGAAAAGGUUCUGCCGCUGAACCUUCUUCCUCAAGUAGCCACGCUAUAAGAGAACUUGAGGCUCUUGGAAAACUGGGGACAGCUGCCAGUUCCUCUGUUCCUGGUGGCGCCAUCCAAUUUUCUACCCCUGGUGAUUCUUCCCAAGGAAGCAAAAAACCAAACACACGGCCAAAUUCAGAGCUUCGACGAACAUCUUCAUUUGACAGAACUUGGGAAGAAAAUGUUGCUGAAUCUGUAGCCAAUGAACUUGUCAUGCAAGCCCAUUCCUCGAGCGUAUCUACAAAAAGUGGUCUCCUUAAUCCAACACCAGAACUUCAAAAUGCUUCUGUGGAAGUCACAUCCAAAAGUAAACCUAAAGAUAAGAUGGCCAAAGCAGCUCGCUUGUCCCAUGAGGAGAAGAAAGUUGGGAAGUCUCAGGAUGAGAAAAGAACUAGAGCCAGGAAGAUGAUGGAAUUUCAUAACAUCAAGAUAAGUCAGGUUGAGCUGCUAGUUACUUACGAGGGUUCAAGGUUUGCGGUGAAUGACUUAAGACUUUUGAUGGAUACUUUCCAUCGUGUUGAAUUUACUGGCACAUGGAGGCGUUUAUUUUCAAGAGUAAAGAAACAUAUUAUCUGGGGUGUCUUGAAGUCAGUGACUGGGAUGCAGGGCAAGAAGUUCAAAGACAAGGCACAAAGUCAAAGAGAUGCACAAGGUGUUGUUCCUGACAUUGAUCUUAAUUUUAGUGAUAGUGAUGGUGGGCAGCCUGGAAAGGCUGAUCAAAACCCUAUAGCAUUUCUCAAGCGGCCGAGUGAUGGUGCUGGUGAUGGGUUUGUCACCUCCAUAAAGGGACUGUUCAAUUCUCAACGUCGGAAAGCCAAGGCUUUUGUAUUAAAAACAAUGAGAGGAGAAGCAGACAAUGAGUAUCAUGGUGAGUGGAGUGAGAGUGAUGUCGAAUUCUCUCCCUUUGCUAGGCAGUUGACGAUAACAAAAGCUAAAAAACUUAUUCGGAGGCACACAAAGAAGUUCCGUUCCAGAGGCCAGAAGGUGCAGCAAAUCGAUUCACUCCAAUCAUCGCCAAGGGAGACUACACCAUAUCAAAGUGAUUCUUCUGGUGGAUCUUCCUACGAGGACUUCCACGAGUUGAAAGCCGCGGUCCUAGAUUGAUUCCUCAAAUUCUAGCCAGCCAUUAUUCGACAUUUUUCUCAAAUUUGAAGUAUUUCUUAGUAGGCCAAACCCAAGUAUCCCGGUAGGUUUUGGAGAUCUUGCUAUAAGUUAUUAUAUGUAUAUUGAAACUUGAGAGAGAAGUUCCGGCAGCAUGACAUGAGAAAUCUUUUGCUAGAACCAUGAUUGGAUUUGGACUAAGGUGAAGGAAGUUGAAUUAUGUAUAUAGGAGUAAAAACAUGUUGGUCUGUUUUUUAUAUUUCUGCUUUUUCUAUUUUUAUUUUUAUCUAUCUUUUGUAUCCUCUGUUAAGAGGUAUAUAUAUAUAUAUCCAUAUGGGAUCUCAGUACAUUCCAAAUUUUUGCAAGUGUAGAUGUCACUACAAAAGAGAAAUAAGCCAAUAAAAGAAGGCCUAAAUUUUUUCAUUUUUA